UCAGUUAUUUUUGGAUGUUUUGUUUUUAAAUCUCAUCUCUUUUCAUUGGCCUUUGACACCAUUGAAGUUGCUGAUGUUAUUUUAUUUCAUCAGAUUCUAUUGUGGAUUAUUAUAGGUCUGCUACUUUUGUUUUACCCAUGUUUUAUUUUUAAGAUGUAUUGAGCUUUUAUGCCUUUUAUUUAUUAUUCUGUAUUCAACACUUUGGUCCAUUAUCUCCUUUGACCUUUGGCCAAGAAGGCAGCACAACAACGGUCACAGAUUACAACAACACAGACAUAUACUAUCUAUAUACUAUACUAUCAUACACAACACAUUAAUUAAACACAGCAUAACAGAGAUUGGUCAUCACAUCAUUGUCUCAAUGCGAAUUCUUGGAGCGACAGAAGCAUCGCGUUGUGCAUUGACUUUGUAUGUAAACUCGGAUUUUCUAUUUUUAAUCUUUCUCAACCUUUAUUUUACCAGGAUAAUCUCAUUGGGAUUGCAAAUCUCUUUUCAAAAGGCGUCCUGGCCAAGAGGCAGCACACACAUCUACAGGAAAACUCUAGAGAAUCAAACGACAGAAACCUAAAAGCAGUGACAGGCCGAUGAAGUCCUUGAGAAUGAUCCAGAGAAACCAGUUUUCUGAGUUAUCUCAGGGAGAGUCUCUGGUGUUUGUUGGAUGUCACUGACCAUUUUUAUUCUCCUUCUUUCCAGGUGCAAAUUAUCCCCCCAUCGGUGAUUCAAGAGGACGAGCAGAAGUUAUGUCCACAAAUUCUUCUCCUCUUGUUUUUACUCUGGAGACACUGGCUUUACCCGACGCCAGCAUUUACCCUAUGUUCUUCUUGGGGACUUUGACGUACGUGUUGAUCACGUUCUUCAACGUGCUCUUGUUGACCACCAUCGCUCUGAACAAGAAGCUACACAAGCCCAUGUUCAUCCUGCUGUUCAACCUGCCGCUCAGCGACAUGGUGUGCGCCACGGCUUUUUUCCCUCACCUCAUUUACAGCAUCAUGACGCAAGACAGACUCAUCAACAAGCCGGCAUGCAUCAUCCAGGCUUUCCUGAUCCACUUCUACGGCACGGGAAACAUGUUGGUCUUGACCGCCAUGGCUUACGACCGCUACGUCGCUGUGUGCUGCCCCUUGAGAUACAACACCAUCAUGUCGCCACCCAACCUGGUGAGGAUUAUCACCACCGUGUGGCUGAUUACCUUCUUGGUCAUCGGCGCGUUGUUCUUCCUGCUCAUGCGCUUGAAAGUCUGCCGGAGGAAUGUGGUCGAUUUGUUCUGCAACAAUCCGUCGCUCCUGAAAAUGGUCUGCGAGGACACGACCGUCAACAACAUCUACGGGUUAGCGUUGAUGUGCGUGGUUCAGGGCGGGUCGCUGGCUGUCGUCAUGUACUCGUACGUGAGGAUCUUGCACGUGUGCUUCGUCACGAGCCAGACCGACACUCGCAGGAAAGCCAUCCAGACGUGCGGCACGCACUUAAUCGUAUUCUUGAUCUUUCAGAUCAACUCGGUCACGGCGCUCAUCUCUCAUCGCAUUGUGAACGCAAACCCGUACAUGAGGAGGCUCCUCGGUGUGUCCAUCCUCGUGUUCCCACCUUUUUUGGAUCCAAUCAUUUAUGGACUGAAAUCAGUAGAACUGAAGCAGAGCCUUAGAAUGUUCCUAAAAAGAAACAUAGUGGGUGUCAAGUUGUUAAAAAAAAAGAGAAGACACCUUUAAAGGCCCAUUUAUUCGCCAUUUUCGUGAGUUUUACGUCCCAAACGUUGUCUCCGUCACUAACACUGUACCCGUCCAUGCGUCUUUUGAGUCACAACCCCUGGAUUUUGUUCUUUCUGUUGCUUUUUCUGUUUUCCUUGUCUUGGGUUUUUGGUUAUUUGGCCUAAGAUUAAAAAAAAGUCCUAAAACAACUGUCCAAAUUAAGAUCGCCUGGAUUAAAUCCAGGGGUUCUGACAUUAUGGACAUUACACAAUACUUCUCCUCUAGAGGGCAGUGUGUAGUGACAAGUUGCAGGCUUCAACAAACAUGGCGACCAUUGGAGAGGUUAUUUUAUUGUGCGUGAUCCAAAAUGGACAGAUUGAUGACGAAAUGCGUAUCUACGUCCACGAUGACCUUUGACAACUCGCUUUGUCUUUUUCCUGAUUGAUUGGACAAUUGACUCUACACUGUCCCCAUGAUUUCUGGUGGUGUUGCUCUGUUUCGUAAAUCAUCGUAAAUUAUUAUUUUCCCCGUAUUUUGUGUAGACUCUACAUUAAUAAAGGGAUAGUUCAGUUGUUGUUGUUUUUUUUUGGUUGUGUGAGAUUAUUGACAGAUUAUGACCCAAAGUUGGUAUGAUAUAAUAUAAGUAUAAUGAUAUAGAUGACAGAUGACUGAGUCACUGAUCAAAAUAAACCAUUCAACAUUUA